CAGGUCAGGUUAUCCCCAUUGUUGUUAUUAUUUUCUGAGUCAUGUGGUCUUUGUAUUAGAGGUUUUGAUGUACGUUUAAAUACGUGUCCUGUCUUUAUUAGUGAACUUUGAAACUAGUGUGCAUAGCAAAGAAAAUGGCAUUUGCACAAGUUCUUAUUGGACCACCAGGUGCUGGCAAGACAACCUACUGCAAUGGAAUGAAACACUUCUUGACUGAGAUUGGUCGAAAAGUUGCCAUAAUCAAUCUAGAUCCUGCCAAUGAUGUUCUCCCUUUCGUUCCCGACGUGGACAUUUCCGAGUUGAUAUCUGUAUCAGAAGUAAUGGAGCAUCUUCACCUUGGACCAAAUGGUGGCCUGAUCUAUUGCAUGGAGUACCUGGAGAAAAACGUUGACUGGUUGCUGAAGAAAUUAGAAGGCCUUAAAGACAGUUACCUGCUGUUUGACUGUCCUGGCCAAGUUGAACUUUACACUCAUCAUAAUUCAUUCAAAAAUAUUCUGCAGAAAUUAUUGAAGUUGAAUUUUAAGCUUGCAGCAGUUCACUUAGUUGACUCGCAUUAUUGUAGUGACCCGUCCAAGUUUAUUUCCGUUUUGUUGACCUCGUUGUCAACGAUGCUUCAACUUGAACUCCCACACAUCAACGUCCUCUCAAAAAUUGAUUUGAUUGAAACGUAUGGCAAAUUAGCGUUUAAUUUGGACUAUUACACUGAAGUGUCCGAUUUGGAUUACCUGUUGGAUCAUCUUCAAGAUGUUCCAUUUGUAAAGAAAUUCAAGAAGUUGAAUGAAGCAAUGGUUGGCUUGAUUCAAGAUUAUAGUCUAGUGUCAUUCUGCACCCUCAAUAUCCAGGAUAAGGAGAGUAUGUUAAACGUGAUGAAGCUCGUGGAUAAAGCUAACGGCUACGUGUUUGGUGAUUUAGAAGAACGCAACAUGCAAGCCUUAAUGUCAUGCGCUGUUGGAGCCGACUUUGAAUACUUCAAAGCAGCAUCUGUACAAGAGAAGUAUAUGAAAGAUGAUGAUGAUGAACCUGCAAAGAUGGAGGAUGACGCAUCAUGAAUAGACACAUGAAGGGGGAAAAGUGAACCAAGAAGUGUAUGUCACCUAAGGAUGAAGCUUGAAGGCUAAUGUUGCUACUGGAAUGACAUCUAGAUAGAGCUGCAUUGUGGUAGGCUGCCAGAGAUUUAACCUUCUGGUAUAAAAGCCUGGAAGUGGAAACUGCUUAUAGUUAUGAUGUUUGAUGUGAAAGGAAUCACAGUAUUAGCUUUAUAUUUAUAAACAUAUUUCUUGUGUUUAUCAAAUUUCAUAAACAGAUAAUUUAAAACCCAUGGAUCAUACCGUAAGUAAGUAACCCAACAGAACUGAAGUCAUCAACUAUACUAUAGAGUUAUAUAAAAGUGAUAACUAGGUAAGAAGCCUUGGAGAUAUGCAUAGUAGGUCUGUAGUAGGGAGAUUUCAAUUUGCGCGAUGAAGUAAAACUAAAAAAUGGAUUCGUGACCAUCCUACAUUCUCUGCACAAUAUGAAUUUGGGCCAAACUGCAUCCUGUAAUUCAGACGACCAGAACUGAACUUUGACUUGGCAGAGGAGUUCUUAGUAACAUCAUUAAGGUUCUAGCAGCCAUCAUUGUGCAAUUAAAAACUCAAGAUAUUUUUGCCACUAAAAACGUACACAUGCUUGUGCAAAUACGUCACACUGAGUUUUCAGAAAUUCAAUCACAAAAUGUGUGUAUAAUUUUAAUUUGAAAUCAAGUAAAAUUCAAAUUUACA